AUGGCGGACCACAAUCCUCCAUGGCAUGGCCGGGGGGUCCAGAAUGUUCCUUCCCCCGCGAACAGUCCCCUCACGCCAGGAAGUACGGGCAGAGUUCCCCCUUCCUUUGAACGGAACGUCAAUCGCCAAAAGACCCAGCGUUGGGUUCAAGCGAAGCAGUAUUCAUACGACGGUGGCGACUGGGGUGAUGAUGAUGACGAAGAAGAGGAAGAGCCACCGGCGGCACCGGCGCCUCCCUACGCCACGCACAAGACGGGCAGCACCUCCGACUUGAGCUCCACGCGCUUGCCAGGACUUGGACCUCGGACUGAUGAGCCCCCCGCAGGUCCCACUACUGAAACCAAGCCGACGCCCAGUGUUGGCGAUCAGAAGUCGCUGCCUUUCAUCAGACCUGCCGAUAUUUACAAGCGCAUGCGGGAGGAGCGAACACCACAGGGUGAAGCAGCGAGUUCCGGUCGUCCAGCAGAGCCUCAGAGCUCUAUUCAGUCCAGUCCUACUCCUACUCAACCUAUCGUGACUGGUGGUAAUGGUACCAUACCCGGGAAUUUGGGCGCCUCCCCGCAGACGACUCAAAACCCCUCCAUUGCGCUGCCGGAAUUGAAAAGGAUGUCAGGAUUUGGUGCCGAAUUCCUCGGUCCCACUGACCCCAGCUUCCAGCAAAAUCCAAGCACCGAAUCCUCAGAUGCUUCCUUACAUCACAAUCCUUCUCAGGCCUCUCAAGACUCCCAGGCGUCUCAGGGCUUCACAUCGGUGGUUCACCAAGCUUUCGACGUUCCAGAGACUCCCAACUCCACUGCCGGCAGUGUAGUGCGGUCAAACAGCGACGGGACAUCUGUGAUUAGUCCAAUCAUCAGUCACCGUAACACUCAGGACGACAAAACGCCCACAAUUCCCGAAGAGCCUGCGGAAACCAGCACUCCUACCAACGCGCCGGAGCAGGCCCCAUUCUUCAAGCCUGGUCAUCGACGUGAUUUGAGCCUUCCUGAUGGUGACAACAGCCCUUCGAAAAGACCUGUAAUCAUGGACAAUCAGCUUCCCUCGGCAGGUCAAGCAGAGGUGUCAUCGGUCUCUCCAGGCCAGUCUGGGUCGCCAGAAAGGCCAGUCGAUGCCCCAGGCGCUCAGGGCGCAUCAAUCCCGUCGACUACGCCAGCCGACGCUUUCGUUGCACCUCUCAAAUUCGGUAGCAAUGGCACAGUCGCAUCUGAAGGCUAUCGAGGCGAGAUUCCUACGAUCAUUCCUGGAAGUGCAAGCCAUUCGCCGCAGGAUACCGACAACGAUCGGUUGCGAGAAGAGAUCAUGCGGUCGCUGAGCCGGGAGAAUUCACAGGAGCCGGAGCCUCAGCCAAAUCCAGAAGGGUCUAUCCCGCAGAAUUAUGAGAAGUACUGGGAUAGUUCGACUGGACCAGGCCCUAAUGAAGUCCCGAGGCCACUAGUCUCUGAGUCUCACCCAGAUUGGUCUAGCACACACCCUUUGGCUGCUCAGGACCCAUACGCAUCUGCGCAAACGCCUGCAGAGACGGUCCCAUUGGCUGACGCUGAGCCAAAGCGGCCUCGACUCGGACGGCGUUUCUCGUGGGAGUCGGCCUCGUCAGCUGAGGAGCCUGCGGCGCCAGUUCCUGCAACCGAGACCGUAGUCCCUUCCUUGACCACAGCGCUAGCUGCCCAGAAGCCUGAGGCUUUCGCUGAUACUCCUGAGCCCAUGGCGGAGAGCAUGUCAAGAAACCAGUCAACGAGUUCUGGGGAAAUUUUCGACGACACUCAGCGUGUCGAGAAGCCCAGACUUUCAAUCGUGCCUCCAAUCCCACAAACCAUCUCUCCACCGGAGGAAAUUGUGGACCCCACUGGUGGUCAUUUACCUGAAAGGGAAGUGACUUUACCAGUUGGACUAUCAAAGGUCGACGAGAAAAAGCUACAAGGCUUCCGCGAUAUUCUCAAUAAGACAUCUUCUGUGGAGCGCAUACGAGCCUUUGAUCAGACCCGAGAUCAAUUCGCGACUUUGGACACGGGUCUCAACGCUUGGCUCGAAUUUACCGUGCAUGCUCAUCCAGAGCAUGCCGACCUUGUUCAUUCAAGUCAGACCCUAUCUUCUGGGUUCCCACGCACAUCCCCCACGACCAGAAAGUUCCCCAAGCUUGCAUCUCUUGGCAGUCUUGCCUCCAAGGAGGAUGGUGCUCCAGCCGGCGCUGGCCAUGCUAGGCGUCCGUCUGGUCACAUCGGAACUAUUGUGACUCGGCAAAAUGUCGAGCAGCGCGGCAAGGACCUCCUUCACACAGCUGGCACAUUCAGUGGAAAGGCAGGCGAAGCUGCCAAGGGCUUAUUCGCCAAGGGCAGGAGCAAAUUCAGGCCCAGCGGAGACAAGGUUGACCAAUCGACUCCUUCUGCUUCUCGCAGGAGUUUGCAAUUGCAAUUCUCUUCACUAUCGGAGUCUGGUAACUGGGAAUCCUCCCAGGAUAAGUUCUCCCAACGCAGAUCUGUUGUCUUUGGAAGCCUUCCUAUCUUCAAGUCCAACCGGAACGACAAUUUCUCUGCUGCCCCUGCGAUGGACCCCGCUUCGUCUCUAAAAGGCUCUGCCGAUGAUGAGCGUGCAGGCAAGCGUUUCAAAUCCAAUGCGCCAGUGGACUAUCUACGAUCUACAGACAAGGUCAGCGGAAUAUCGAGUGAUCAAGCUGCUAAGAAGCACUCCUCACCUUUGGAUGUUGAUCGCCGUAAGAGUGGUGGAUUCACUGGCCAGUCGGAGUUUGCAUCCGACUUUGAACAGGAAAUGAUUUCGGCUCUCGGCCUCUCACCCACCGAACCCCGUCCACAACAGGCACCGACAUUCGAGCCUCGUUUGAGCCCAAGUGCAACUGUUGCUCUCCAAUCCGAUGACCCACAGCACCAGCCAAAAGACGUCUUGAAGGAGAACACAAGCAUUUGCGCAACUUGCAUCCCGACGAGUGCAGGGCCAAGCGAGAAGAGCUUGCCGGACAAUGCUAGCCAGGCUAUUGCACUUCCCACUGUGUCGAAUUUGAAUGAACCAUUACGGCUAAGUAUUCCAGCAUUUGAGCCUAUGAUUCCGUCAAUUCGCCCCGUAUCUGAAGAUGUCGAGCUUUUUUUCUCAAAAGAGGAACGCUUAUCCGUCGACCUCUCAGCCGAGGACCUGCCUGUGAAGGAAAGUCCACCAGAGGUGCCUCCCAAGGAUGUUUCACCACCAAAGGAAGAUCCACCAAACCUUCCUCCCAAAGAUUUACCAUCCAGAGACAUUCCUUCAAAAGACCUUGUUCCCCCAGAGUCAAGAUUCACCCCACGGCAACCAUCUGUCUCUACCCUCGGAAUUGAUGAGAACAACUCUAGCCAACCUUCAGAGGGAGAGGUUGAUACACCACCUUCGCCAUUUCAACAACCGGUGAAAUCGGCCCGGGACGAUAUGUCAGAGACACACGUGUACAACCAACCUGGCUCCAGAGCUCAAGUAUCCGAAAUCACUCUGCCCUCGCUCCACGAUGUUGCACCAGGCUUUGGCUCAGCUUAUCCACCGCGACCCCCCAGUUCUGCGGAAAUUUUGGAAUCAAAGCGCAGGUCAAUCAGCGGCCUCCCUCCAUCCACACCAGGUGUACAAAGCCCGCUCCGGAAUGAAGUGAGAUACUCGCCGGGUACUCGAAGCAGCAUGUUGAGCUUUGGUAGCUUUGGUCGGCAGAGCAAUAACAGCAAGGGGACGCGCCCAAAUACUCCGGCCAAUGAAAUGUCUGAGCGCGCUGCAUCUGGUGAUUCCAAGAUGGACAAAUUGAAAAUUUUCGGAAGACGACGCCGUGCGUCGAUGGGCAAUGCCCUCUCUGGACUUGGAGAGGGAUUCUCGAAAGAACUCCAGGGGCUUCAAACACGAGGCGCGCAGAUUGAAUCGCACCAGAGGGAAGGCGGCCAGAAGAAGAGGGGCUUUAGUAGGAUCAGCGGCUUCUUUGGUCGCCAACAAGAACCCCAGCCUGUACAGAGCAAGACCCCCGAGACCCCCGAGACCCCCGAUGUUGGUUUCGCUAGACCCGCUCCGGCAAAAACCAUGCCAUCAGCUCCUGUGAACUCCCAUGUUCAUGACUGGCUCGCACACAACGGUCAUCCAACCAACGACCCUGUCGGCAAAGACCUCCCACCUCCGCCAGUCUCCAGGUCUUCAUUCUCCUCUGUCGAAUCGUCCCCUCCCGCUCGCGAUGCUCACCACCGGCAAAGCAUGCCCCUCCCGCCCAUCGUUGCAACCCCUUCCAUGCUAUCUGGCAGGUUCUACUCGUCAAUGCAGUCUGGAGAACCCUCCGCGCCUGUUCAGCACACCCGCACAAAGAGCCAGCCUAUGCUUUCCCCAACCCCAUUAUCACCCAUCGGGGGAUCUGACUCUAGUAAUAGCGGUCAGUCAGUUCCACUGACCGACGUGAGCCAGAUCGAAGAGCGACCUUCACCCGAAGAACGUGAUCAUGAAGAAGUCCAGCCACCCGUGCCACCGAAGUCACCCAAGGCUCAACCUCAGCCCGACCCAAGUCCCAAUCUAUCCAACGACGUCUCCAACGUCUCCGUCAUGUCGACGCAUCCGCACCGCGGCGAUGCCCGAUUGGUCAAUGAGACCCCCGAGCCCGUCGAGCUCGCAGUUACACACGAUGACUCCAGCGAGGAGAUCAUCAUGUCCCCCACGUCCUACCCAGGACAAGAAUGGACGCCGAUGAAUUACUACUAG